AUGGGGUCCAUCAGCGAAAAUGUCUACGCGAAUGGCACCGCUACGCCUUCGCCCUUCAUCAACAACCUCGACAUUGACGUCGUGGUCGUGGGAGGCGGAUUCGGAGGCAUGUACGCCGUCUACAAGCUCCGCCAGCUCGGGCUGAGCGUGAAGCUCUUCGAAGCGGGAUCUGACUUUGGCGGAACCUGGUUCUGGAACCGGUACCCUGGCGCCCGCGUCGACUCCGAGUCGCCGUACUAUGGGCUGUCGAUCCCCGAGCUCUGGCGGACGUGGGACUGGAGCGAGCGGUUCCCCGAUCACAACGAGAUUCGCCGGUACUUUGCACAUGUCGACAAGGUCCUGGACCUGAGCAAGGACGCCUUCUUCAACACCAUCAUCACCGAGGCGGCCUGGGACGGGAGCCGCUGGACGACCAAGACCCAAGACGGUGCGGUCAUCACGUCAAAGUAUUUCGUCGCCGCGACGGGGUCCACGUACAAGCAGUACUACCCCGAUUUCAAGAACCUGCGAGACUACAAGGGCAUCCUGAUCCACUCUGGGUCCUUGCCGAGCCAUCAAGUCGACUACUCGGGCAAGAAAGUGGCCGUGAUCGGUAACGGGGCCACGGGCGUGCAAAUCGUCCAGGAGACGGCCAAGGAAGACUGCCAGCUCACCGUCUUCAUCCGGACGCCCAACAUCGCCUUUCCGAUGCGCCAGCGAAAGUUGCCCGUGGAGGAGCAGGAGAGCGCAAAGGUCUUUUACGCCGCGUACUACCAGGCCGCGAAGCUGUCGAGAGGCGGCAUCCCCUACAACCCCGCGACCACGUCCAUGUGGGCCGUGUCCCCUGAAGAGCGCGAGGCGUACUUCGAGGAGCUGUGGCGGCGAGGCGGCUUCUCCUUCUCAUCGUCCAACUACCGCGACCUGAUCACCGACAAACGCGCCAACGCGCUCGUCUACGAGUUCUGGUUGAAAAAGGUGCGCGAGCGCGUCACGGACCCGCAAAAGGCCGCCGUCGUCGCGCCCCUCCAGCAGCCGCAUUUCUUCGGCACGAAGAGACCCAGCCUCGAGCAGGACUACUACGAGAUGAUCGACCGGCCCAACGUUACGGUCGUCGACCUGAAGACGCACCCGAUCGUCGAGUUUCAGGCGACGGGGAUCCUGACGACGGAGAAACUGCACGAGUUCGACAUCGUCAUCCUCGCCACGGGCUUCGACUCGGUCACGGGCAGUCUCACGACCAUGGGCUUGACGGACAAAGCGGGCGUGCCGCUCUCCAAGAAGUGGAAGGACGGCGUGUACACGCACCUGGGCCUCACGAUCUGCGGGAUGCCGAACCUGUUCAUGGUGUACAGCCCGCAGGCGCCGACGUCGCUGUCGAACGGGCCCCCGAUCAUCGAGAUCCAAGUCGACUGGAUCGCCGACACCGUGGCCAAGAUGCGCGCCGAGGACGUCGUCUCGAUCGAAGCCCGGCCCGCCGCGGCGCAGAAGUGGCACGACGACAUCCAACGCGCCAACAGCCGCACCCUCUUCCCCUACACCGACAGCUGGUACAUGGGCGCCAACAUCCCCGGGAAGCCGCGCGAGCAGCUCCUCUACCUCGAUGGCGUCGCCCGGUAUGCCGAGGUGUGCAAGGCCGCGCUGGAGACGUGGGACGGAUUCGACGUGGUUGUCGGGACUUCUGAGAAGAUUGACGGAAGUGGUGCCGAGCAGGUUCCGCCUCGUUUGUAG